UUGGCGAUUUCACCAUUACGCAGCUUUUUCCCAAGAAAAACAUGACUUUCCCUCGCAAUUUGUUAUAUUCGCGUCUGAGUUUGUUAAAUAAAUACAGUCGUAAUGUAAAUACAAGUGCAAUAAGGCUACAAAAUGUGCAACAGGUGGCGGCAAAAAAACGGAUAUGUAUUGUGGGCGCUGGUCCAGCCGGUUUCUAUGCAGCACAAUAUUUACUCAAACAGCUGAGCGACUGCACCGUGGACAUCGUUGAGAAGUUGCCAGUGCCUUUUGGAUUGGUGCGCUUUGGUGUUGCGCCCGAUCAUCCGGAGGUCAAGAACGUCAUCAAUACGUUUACAAAAACUGCGGAAAAUCCGCGUUUACGUUUCUUUGGCAACGUUACCCUUGGUCAGGAUGUCAGCCUGCAGGAGUUGCGGCAACGCUAUCACGCUGUCCUACUUACCUACGGCGCAGAUCAGGAUCGUGAGCUGCAGCUACAGAACGAGGACCAGAAACACGUCAUAUCCGCUCGCAAAUUCGUGGCUUGGUACAAUGGCUUACCGGGAGCGGAGCAACUGCAGCCGGAUCUAAGCGGGCGUGAUGUAACGAUUGUGGGACAGGGCAAUGUGGCUAUGGAUGUGGCACGCAUGCUGCUCAGUCCAAUAGAUACACUGAAGGAAACAGAUACCACGGAAUAUGCACUGGAAGCUCUGGCGAGAAGUCAAGUGAAGCGAGUGCAUCUCGUGGGACGUCGUGGACCUCUGCAAGCUGCCUUUACGAUAAAAGAGCUGCGCGAAAUGCUCAAAUUGCCCAAUGUGACGACUAAUUGGCGAGCAGAUGAUUUUGCAGGCAUAGCCGAGCAGGUGGAGCAGCUGCAACGACCGAGGCGACGUAUAACCGAAUUAAUGCUCAAGAGUUUGAGCGAGCAAAGCAAACGCACAGCGACAGCUGUAGAUGGCAAGCAAUUCCUGCCCAUCUUCCUGAGAGCACCGAAAGCCAUCUCUGCCAAAGAAAUGGAAUUUGCUGUCACGCAGCUGCAGGAGAACGCGGCAGUGGCUACGGAUACAACGGAAUGCCUGCCAGCUGAUCUUAUCUUGCGCAGCAUUGGUUACAAGUCCAGCUGUGCAGAUCCAGCCAUCAAUUUCGAUCCCCAACGUGGCCAUGUGCGCCAUGACCAGGGGCGUGUGCUGAAGGAAGGCGAAGGGAGCAGUGURGAGCCAGGCCUGUAUGUGGCUGGCUGGCUGGGAACUGGACCCACCGGCGUCAUCUUGACCACCAUGAAUGGCGCUUUUGCGGUUGCCAAAACCAUCUGCGAUGACAUAACAGCGAAUGCUUUCGACACGGCUUCAACCAAACCUGGCUUCGAGGUGGCCAACCAGAGGAUAGUGACCUGGGAUGGUUGGCUCAGGAUUGACCAACACGAGUGCGAGGCGGGCAAGGCCAAGGGCAAACUUCGCGAGAAGAUCGUGGAUAUUGAGCAAAUGCUGCGCAUUGCAGGCGUCUGAGCAAGUUUUAUGGAGCUUGAAACAGCACAGCAGCUGUUAUACUUGUCAUUAUACCUAUAUAUGUAUAUAUUUAUGUAAAUUUGUAUAUUUGUAUUCAUACAAA